AUGUCGCGCUCAGAAACGCGCCCAGCCAAUGAUGACGGCAUCUACACGCAGUCAGCUCAGCAAACCCUUGCAGGCGAGGACGAUAGCAAGGAGGUUACUAUGCCAGUGUAUGGGGACGAGAUCUUUUCCAAGAGUGCCAAAAAGGCAAUAGACUCCCAAAUAUGUGAUACAUUUCGAAUUCCGCAGGAGACGGUUACCCAUCUACGGAUCGCAUCCAUGGAUGAGGCCAGGUCCCCCUCGUCGAACGCAAUCUGCAUACACUAUACUCAGGACCUAGUGAUUCGGCGGGAUUCAGACCCUCACGACCCAAGAGGAGACGGCCAUGCUCGUCACUCAAUGUCGGUAAUGAAAGAUUCGCCAACACCAGUCCAGCCAUUCAUCGGGCUAUUGCAACAGCAACAGCGUGAUCAAGCGGUGUCUUUCGCUGGUGACACGGCCAUGCAAUGGCCGGACAGGUUCGACGAUAGCGCCAUCGAUAGUGGUGCUUUCGUCGGCAUAUCAGAUGGCCAACUCGACAGUUUUGACUCUGGAUUGGCGGACGACCUUGACUUUUCGUUGACCAAUGUGUAG